AUGUGGGAAACUUCGAUUGAACUCAAUUUCUUGGAACAAAUUCUGCCCUUGGAUGAUGAUAUGGUUACCCAAGUGGCAGUAGAGAAACAAUUAGAGUACGGUGUUGGGAAUGUGAUAACAAGUAGUGGGGAUGUCUAUAGGUUUGGAAUACUAUUGUUGGAGGUGAUGACAGGAAAAGGCCAACAAAUGACAUCUUUAACAAAGGCCUUAGAUUAA